CCACCUUGUUGAUAGUUUGUGGAAGUGGACUGCUCCUUCUAAAAUGUGGCCUUUCUCCUGAGUCUCUGGUGUCUUUGAGUUCACGAAAAAGCAACACAAAGCAUUAAAAUGUGGAUACUGACGCCGCUGCAGCCUGGAGAAUUGUAACAGUUGAAGACCGACAAAUGGUGAUAUGUGAGACCCACUAUCUCCUCUCCAGUAAAGAGUACGUGGUGGGGCGCAAGAACUGUGACAUCCUCCUGCCCAACGACCAGUCCAUCAGCAGGGCUCAUGCUCACCUCACUGCUGCCGACCAGACUCUGACUCUGAAAGACACCUCCAAGUAUGGUACAUUUGUCAAUAACCAGCGCUUGACAGAGAACUCACCCAUGAACCUGAAGUCAGGUGACAACGUUACAUUUGGGGUUUUUGACAGCAAAUUCAGUGUGGACCAUCAGAAGCCAGUGGUGUGUUCGUCAUGUUUGGACAACGAUGGCAAGACAUUGCUUUCUCAGGCUCUGCUGUCUGUUGGUGGAAAGCUGGUCAACACCUGGACUAAGGAGUGCACUCACCUGGUGAUGCCCUCUGCUAAAGUCACCAUCAAGACUAUUUGUGCUCUGCUGUGCUGCCGUCCCGUCGUGAAGCCAGAGUUCUUCUCAGAGCUCAGCGAAGCCGCUCAGCGAAAAUCACCCCCUCCCAAAGCUGAGAGUUUCAUCCCUGAAAUCGAUGAGCCCAGCUUGAGUAAAGAGGAUGUUAACCUUGGAGCAAUUCCAGGUCGCAAACAGCUUUUCACUGGAAAGACUUUCAUUUUCCUCAAUGCCAAACAGCUAAAGCGCCUGAGUGCAGCAGUGAGUUUUGGAGGUGGCAGGAGUCAGCUGCUGGAGGAGGGCUCUCUGCCUCGGGACCUGCUGGAGUCUCUACAGAGCUGUGUGGUAGAUGCUACAACAGGCAGCUCCCAAACUUUGCUCUCUUCCUCCACUGUAGAGUGGGCAAACUCUGUGAAGAACAUUGUUCAAAGAAAAGGCCUCAGAGUCAUCACAGAGUCUGAAAUUGGUUUGGCUGCUAUCUAUGCUUCAUGUGACCAGUACUGCAAUCCAUCUAGUUUAAUACCAACCUCAGAGUCUGAACCAAAAGUGAAUCCCAGAAUUCCAAGUGCUUCGCUGUCAGAGAGCGUGGCGGUGGACGAGACUGUGUUACCUGCUGCAUCUCAGAACAUCACAGCAUAUGCAGUUAACACAGAGCCAUCACAAGGGACAGAGUUGAGCGAAGUUACAGGGGUGACGGCAGUGGGGGAGACUCCUGAGAAGAAGCAAACCAGUCAGCUCCGUGGAUCCAAACCUGAAGCUCAGAAAACGGCCACUCAGUGCUUCGUGGCUGAUACAAUGAGGUCAUCAUUCAACACUGUAGAGAACACAGACUCACAGAGGAGGAAGCCCGAGUCCAAAAUGACAGGUGCAGGCAGUAGUGGCAUUUGGCCCCAGCCGUCCAUUCCUAGGACCAAUGGUGGCACAAAGACAUUCCUGCAGAACCAGUCUCCUCAGAAACCAAAAAACUCUCCGCAGGCUUCCCCACAGAAACAAUCAACUCUGACCAGUUUCUUUAAACCAGCCAGCAGAAAAAGGCCUUUGGAGGACGAGCUCUUCGCUGUUAUGUCAGAACCGAAACGGCCUGUACUGGAAUCUCCUGUCAGCAUACAGGCACCAAAAACCUCAGUCACAUCUAAAGAAACAUUCUUACAUUCAGACGCUGUCCCUGCAGCAACAUCCCAGACUCCACUGGGGUCAGCAGCUGAUCUUUUCGUAGGACGGUCAGAGGCUCAGUCAGACAGGGUCUCCCACGCUGUCCAGGAGGAGCCACGAAGUAGAAAGAGGAAGGAGAUGGAAGCAGAGAUACAGAUGGAUGAACUGGAGUCUAUUAUGUCUGAGGAUAUGGACUUUGAUGAGCAACCCUCAUAUAAUCAAGGCCAGCAAGAACAGCUACUGAAGCCCAGUUCAGCUGAAAAGAACCAGGGUGUAAAUACUGUGGAGGCUUUAUCUUCAAGUAAGAGGCAACGGGUCAACCUGGAAGAAAAUGGAAAAGGGCCACAGGUGGGCCUGGAAAGAGAUUCAGGUUCCCAUAAGAGCCAAAAAUCUGAACAGCAUAUCGUCUCUAUCAAGACAGAGCAGGUCGAUCCUUUUGAAUACGGGACUUAUCUUGAGUCCAGCAAACCUCCAAAAGCCCCAUCUGCCAGUACGAGUACAAACAUCGAGCCUUUUGAAGAGGACGAGGCAUCCUUUGUUGAGGAUUUAGAGCUGCUCAACGUAGAUAUUUGUCAGCCUAAAGAAGAGCCAAAGACCCCCUUGAAACCUGUUACAGUCAAACAGGAAGUCCAAGAGGAGUCAAAGACUGAUGAAGACCUUCCUAAAAAGGUGGUAUUAGUGGAGUUUCGAUCUCUCACAGUGUCUGCCCCUCCCAAAACCAAACCACAGAAGAUGCAGGAUAUCAGCUACGCAAAGAACUACAAAAGUUUCCGCAAGAUUGGCGUGCCAGGUGCAGAGCGCUCACCCAACAUCAUUGGAGGGUCUGCUCUGCUGGUUCACAACAGAGGCAAGAACUGUGAUCUGGAUGAAUGGCUGAAAGAUGCAGCUGAGGAGGAGCGUCAGAACAGACAGGAAGAGACCGUAGGAGAUGACCUCUUUAGGUACAACCCCACCAAACUAAUCAAGAGAAGAUGAAACGCCUUCAUCUUGGCAUCCUACAGAGGGAAUUCAUUUCAAAGGCGCAGGAAGUAUAUCAGACUCCCAUCAUCGCUUAAAAUAAAGACUCCAUAAUUUCAUAGAUAACUUUUGAUAACUGUUGACCAAUACAAAGUACAGUAGUGUUAACUGCUUCAUGACUGCUAAAAUAAUCAGAAAUGUUCGCCAGCGUUUUGUUCUUCUGUUCUUCCUGUUCUGUCUAUAAUUAUCUUCAUCCUUUGCUCUAAUUAAGCCACUGACAGUAAGAAAUGUAACAAAACUGUCUCAUGUUCAGAGAUGUUUCUUAAAGUUUUUAUUUGUCAAUAAAAAAAUGCGGCAUACAAAACAUUAAAAACUCUUUAAUUGUACAAGAGAGCAUUCAAACCCUACAUGCUGAAAGCAGCUGUUCCUUUGUUUUGAAGUUAAGACCAAAUGUGUUCCCUGGUUUUAGCUGAACUAGAAACUUAAAAGGGAUUCAAGUCGCCGUUUCUUAAAUAAUGUCUGAUGAGCCAACCAUACAGGCACUUUCACAGAUCUGAAACUGUUCAAAUAAGUUGUCGUCAUGCAAAAAUAGCUAUGGGCAUUUCUGUGCAGGUGGUUGAACCCCACCUCCCCCUUUAUUUUCAAGGCAUGUGCCAUGUAUGGGUUGAGAACUGACUCAGCAUUCAGCAUUAAUUGUGCAGUAAUAAAAGUUUUUUUUUUUUCAUGGGCAAAAGAAUGUCAAAAGGAAGAAGGAGACUGGUCUUUAACCACAGUUCUUUUAUCUAUUGCAAUGGGCUUAUUUUGCUUAAUAAUUUAUGAUUAAAGCACAUUUUCUACUACUACUACUGGAGUACUAUUUAAAAACCAGACAAAUCAGUACUAAAAUAUACUAUAUGGAUGGACACACAAUAAAUCUGUCAGUGUUUGGAGUUGACAGUGGUCGACAGUUGUGUCCAACCUGGAUGUAUCAGGUUUUAUUUUUAAAAAAGGAAAAUAUAAUUAUAAUAAUAAUAAUAAUAAUUAGACUCUCCAUGUUUGAGUCCCCCAGU